AUGCAGACAGGAGGUCCAGACCCCGAAUCUUUGGCUAAAGCCGACGAACGUCUCCUCACUAAGUACGGAAAGCUGCCGCGUGGAAGUUUACUUGCUCAACAUUCCAAGCAACGGAUGUACUUUGACUCUGGCGAUUUCGCUCUUUCUGCUGCUCACCGCGAGACUGACAACGGGGCUAUCCAAACCGGCCGAGCGCAUCCUUAUCGGGACAGCAUCUCGCACCCUUAUGCCUCUAUCCCAGCCUCUAGUAACGUUAACAAGGAUGCCAACCAGGAUUCAUAUAGGAAGAGUUCCAGUCCCGAAAAGAGUCCUCUCCUUCACAGAACAGAUAUGAACGAUGAACCCCCGCAUGAGGAGAGGAAGGACGAUCAUGUCUCUCAAGAUGCCUAA